GGACGAGCUCCAGCUAUCUCCCCACGAAAGGCCAUAAGAAAAUGUCCGCUUCCGCUGCGGCUGCCUCCCCUAGCCUCCGCCUCUUCUCCACCACUCCCCCUCUAGCUCCUCUCCACCGGCCGCUCCGCCGGCCGCUCCCGUCCGUACGGUGCUCCCUACCCGCCACCCCCGGUGUCCGGGCUCCGCCGGUGCUCGUGGACUCCAUCCUCUCCAAGGUGAAAGGAACUGACCGAGGAGUGUUGCUGCCUAAAGAUGGGCAUCAGGAGGUGGCUGGUGUCGCGCUGCAGCUGGGGAAGUACUGCAUAGACGAGCCCGUCAAGUCCCCACUUAUAUUUGGAGAAUGGGAAGUUGUGUAUUGCUCGGUACCGACCUCCCCAGGAGGACUUUACCGGACGCCUCUAGGCCGCCUGAUAUUCAAGACGGAUGAAAUGAUUCAGGUGGUGGAAUCCCCUGACACCGUCAGGAACAAGGUGUCAUUCUCUGUCUUUGGUAUUGAGGGUGCAGUAUCUCUGAAAGGUAAGCUGAAUGCAUUGGAUAGUAAGUGGAUUCAGGUCAUCUUUGAGGCUCCAGAAUUGAAGGUAGGCUCCUUGGGAUUCCAGUACGGUGGCGAGAGUGAGGUCAAGCUCGAGAUCACUUAUGUCGAUGAGAAGAUCAGGCUAGGAAAAGGAUCUAGAGGCUCGCUUUUUGUAUUCCUUAGACGAGGGUAGAAGGGAAAGGCCCGUAUGCACCAUUGCAUGUGCUUGAAGACCACAAGGGAUGGCACUGAUAUGGUCGUCUCUACAAUAGUGUAUUCAGAAUUUCCAUCACAUGUAAAAUUCAGAAGUCAAUUUGGGCAGCAGUUUUCUGCAUAAUGCAACCUGAAGAACAUCGCCUGGCCAUUUGUGAACGACAAUGCGUGGAGCAUUCGUUGGUUUUGUACCAUGAUGAUGGUUUUCUGACUUAUGGCUACUUUGAUACUUCGAA